GUCGAGUCAUCGCCGGGCCGAGCUCGCCACCUCGUUCUUCCAUCCCUCCCCCCGCCCCGGUGCGGGGGGUCGACCAGCCAAGUGAGGCGGGAGGCGACUCGGACCCUCCUUCUCGUUCUUUUGAGCCGGCGGAGGCCCCGGCUGCAGCGCUGGGGCCUGGGGUCCUUGGGGCCCACGAGGCCCAGUCUUCGCGGCCGGGGCCUACCUCCGCCCGCCGCCGGCCUCAUGAGGCAUAGCCUGACCAAGCUGCUGGCAGCCUCCGGCGGCGACUCCCCCACCCGCAGCGAGAGCCCCGACUUUCUGUCCGGGCUGGAACUGGCGGAUCUCCUGGACCCCCGGCAACCGGACUGGCACCUGGAGCCCGGGCUCAGUUCGCCCGGGCCUCUCUCCUCGUCCGGCGGAGGUUCGGACAGCGGCGGCCUGUGGCGAGGGGACGACGACGACGAGGCCGCGGCUGCUGAGAUGCAGCGCUUUUCUGACCUGCUACAAAGGCUGCUGAACGGCAUCGGGGGCUGCAGCAGCGGCAGUGACAGUGGCAGCGGCGAAAAGAGGCGGAGAAAGUCCUCGGGAGGCGGCGGCGGAGGCGGCAGCGGCAACGACAACAACCAGGCGGCGACAAAGAGCCCCCGGAAGGCGGCGGCGGCCGCUGCCCGCCUUAAUCGGCUGAAGAAGAAGGAGUACGUGAUGGGGCUGGAGAGUCGAGUCCGGGGACUGGCAGCCGAGAACCAGGAGCUGCGGGCCGAGAAUCGGGAGCUGGGCAAGCGCGUGCAGGCACUGCAGGAGGAGAGUCGCUACCUACGGGCCGUCUUGGCCAACGAGACUGGACUGGCUCGCUUGCUGAGCCGGCUGAGCGGCGUGGGACUGCGGCUGACCACCUCGCUCUUCAGAGACUCGCCCGCCGGCGACCACGACUACGCCCUGCCGGUGGGCAAGCAGCAGCAGGACCUGCUGGAAGAGGACGACUCGGCGGGAGGAGUGUGUCUCCAUGUGGACAAGGAUAAGGUGUCGGUGGAGUUCUGCUCGGCGUGCGCCCGGAAGGCGUCGUCUUCUCUUAAAAUGUAGGGUCAAGUAAUCUGCUCUUUAUCCGCGUUUACCCCUUUCAACUCCCUUACACCAUGUAAAACACCUUAGUGGGACAUCUUCACUGGACACAUUUCAGAGGAGGAAAAAAGUAAUAUUGAAUCUUUAAGUGUUUAGCUAAAAGCAUGAAUGUGACACAGUAACCAACUCCUAAUGAUAACAUGUGACUAUUAAAUCUCUCUGACAGUUUCUUUUUUAGGUGAUUUCCUUCCUGCCAGGCUCCGUUGUAGGGGUUACAGAACAGUCGUUCCCGCCUCACAACCUGUGGAUACAGCUGUUGGGGCAGAAGAGACGGGACCAGCUGCUGGCCACAUUUCCUGCUUUAUUUUAAAAGGUAGUAUAAGAAAUGAGGAAAAAGAGGUAAUAUCAGGGCUUCUGCUGUCUUUUAUUUUUAAAAUGUUUAUAAUUAAAAAGUAUUUUCCAGCAGUCCAAAGAUGUAAGUUAUCUUACACGUAAAAUGUUUUAUUUUGUUGUUAUUUGGUUAUGAAAAUGGAAUCCUUGUUCUUGCACAACUGUAAAUGUUUUGUUGCUAGAUAAUACAAUUUGAGACCUAAAUUGGUCUCUGGUUUCUAGUGCAUCACAGCAUAUUUUGUAAAAUCAUCUACUACUGCACUUGAGCAUGAAUGAGUAGUAGCCAAACUCAACUUGGAGUGAUGAACCUGCUUAUACCUAAGGGCAGGAGCAAGCCCCUCACAAUGCAGCUGCAUGGAUUUUUAGUGCCUACUGAAUUAUAUAUAUAUAUAAUAUAAACCAAAAUUAGUUGGAAAGAUUAUUUGAAAUGACUAAUUUGUGCUAUCUUUAUGAAAUAUGUUAAAUGUAGCUUUUUGAAACAGAAGCCUUGAAUUGAAAUUUAACUAAUACUUGAACAUUUUGUAUAUACUUCUUUGUAUAUAAUUUUGUGCAGUACCAAUGACAAAAAUAUGGUGUCGUAAUAAAACCAGGUUUGUUGAUCUUUCAGUUAUGGGCUCAAAGAAUUUAUUCAUCUCUAACAUGACAUUGGAAAAUAAUGGAUGAAAGUAGGAAAAAUGAUUGUUGUUAAUGCUGACUGUGGGUCUUAAUCAAAAGGUUCUGGAAGCAGUAAGUUCAUUUUUCUAAAAAUUAUACCAUUCCCUUGGAAUAUUUUCUUCCUUAACAUCAAUGAUUUUCCUGCAUUUAAAGUUUGGAGCUGAGGAGAAACAGUAGUCAAAGCUUUCAGAAUUGGGAUGUCUUGAAAUUCUGAGUGUAGAUUUUUAGAAUGUCAUUUUAUAAAUGGCAGAUUUUGGGAUUACUUGAUCAAGAACUUUUGAAAACGGAAAGAUUAGUAUGGCCUAUUUUAAAAGCUGCUUUGUUAGGUUUCUUAUGUUUUAUUAACUGUCUUUUCAUAGUUUCCAUUUCAUUAUUUUUUUUCCAGUUUUGGUGACUUAGUGAUUUUUGUCAUUUUUUUACAUCAACUUCAUGGUCUUGUUUUUACAUGACAAUUGCAUGUAUUUAGGACCUAUCUAACAGGGGCUUUAAAUAAAUUUGGUCAUAUUUAUGUGUAAGUACAUUUUACUGUAAAUGUUUGAGUUUCUGAAUUUAAGCAGAUCUGUUUAUUUCAGUAUGUAGUAAACAAUAUCUUAAAAGUGUCCGUUUCACUACUUGUUAAUUAAAAAGUUAUGAUUAAUAUGAAACUGUUGUCUUACUAUUUUUAGAAAAUUGUGUUCUGGAUGAUUAGUAUUUGGGUAAAGGAGAUUUCUGGAAUAUAAAAUGAAUUGUUUUUAAAUGUUCAGGUUUGCCUCUAUUUACUGUAAUGGUUGAAAACUAGUAUUUGGGAGACCCUUUUUUCCCCUAAUUGUGCCUCUGGGAAAAUGAUACACAACUAGACUAAAGCUGUAGCUUUUUAAUAUUUGUCUUCUGAUGGUGGCAGGAAUUCAUACAUUAAUUGAACUAACACAUCAUAUUGACCUAUUUCUGUCAUAUUGACUUACUGUUUCUGCACUUCCUUGACCAGACUUAUCUAAAAAGUCCACCUUUGUUAAAAUAUAGUCACACCUCUGAUAUAAUCCAACAAAAAGUGUUCAAAAUAUUUUAAAUAUUUGUGCAUUUUACAAUCACUAAAUUAAUUUCUCUCUCUUCUCUUUAAACAGCUUAGCAGUGUCUGCAAAAACGAAUCUUUUCCUACAACCUGUUAACUGACUGGACUGAUGGUAACAAAGUAAUUGUGGGAGCCAUGUCGGUCAAAAAUUUGGCAUCUGCUGAAAAAAAUGAAUGCCAUUUUCAAGUUCCCAAAUUACUUCUGUACUGAUUUCACUUUCCAGAAAUGGAGAUAUGAAAAGAUUCUUUGGAAUCCUUGAAAGACUUAAUAGAAGUACAUGAGACUAAGUUAAUCUUGGAACAAAAUUAUACUUUUUUUUUGUCUUUCAUGGAAGUGAUACUCAGUUCUUUGCAUACCUUUCAAAAAUUGUAACCAUUGGAGAAGAGAAUUAUAGUAUUUCAUCAAGAAAUAUUAGAGUUUUUAUAUAUAAUCAAGAGCUUAUUCUAUGGAAUUACAUUUAGUGGACUAGAAUUACAUAAACAGGCCAUCAGUGAUCACAAAGCAAUCACAAGUUUGUAUUUAUUUCCUGGAUCUUGAGAGCUAAUUUGGAGUACAGACAGAUACCUUGCUGAGUAGUAUAUAAAAGUUAAUGUAAAGUCCUCAACUAUAAAGAAUAGUUUUUUAAAUAGAUGGAUUAAUUUGUCUGUAUGUCUUUGAAAAAGUUGAUUAUUAUUAAAUGUGUGGGUAGUUAAUUGCAACUUAGGUAACACCAGGAUGUGUGGAUUCUGAGGUUUUGACUUCUUGAGCCUUUUCUGAGUCCAUCUCAAUGUUUUUUGAAUAUUUUGAGGUUUCUGAUGAAUGGUAUACUAAUUUUUACUGUUUUAUAUUAAAAUUUCUCUAGUGUUAUAUAAGGGCUGUAGUAUUUUGGAUGAUGGGAGUGGCUUUUUUGUGGUAUUUGGUUGUUUUACUUAAUUGAAAUAUUUUUCCAGUUUAUUACAAAGUGAAAAAACACUGAAAA